AUGAGAGGUGACAACCAGAGCUUCCUGGGGGAUCCCCCUAAGGAAUUCAUCCUUCUAGGUGUUUCUGACAGGCCAUGGCUGGAACUCCCCCUCUUUGUGGUCCUCCUGGUGUCCUACAUUCUGGCCAUGUUGGGGAACAUCGCCAUCACCCUGGUGUCCCGGCUGGAUCCCCAGCUCCACAGCCCCAUGUACAUCUUUCUCGGCCACCUCUCCUUCCUGGACUUCUGCUACACCUCCGCCACAGUCCCACAGAUGCUGGUCAACAUGGGCAGCUCCAGGACGACCAUCAGCUACGGCGGCUGCACAGCGCAGUACGCCAUUUUCCACUGGCUGGGGUGCACUGAGAGCAUCGUCUUGGCUGCCAUGGCCCCGGACCGCUACGUGGCCAUCUGUGAGCCCCUCCGGUAUGCCGUGAUCAUGCCCCCCCUCGGCCAGCAGCUCGUGGCUGUGGCCUGGCUCAGUGGCUUUGGCAGCUCCCUAGUUCAGGUGCUGAACAACUUCUUCUGUGAGGUGCCAGCCAUGAUGAAGCUGUCGUGUGCAGACACCGCCGUGAACGAUGCCACACUGGCCUUUGUGCUGGUGCCCCUAACGCUCAUCCUUCUCCCCUACGGCUUCACUGCCCGCGCGGUGCUCAGGAUCCAGUCCUCCAGGGGGAGGCACAAAGCCUUUGGGACCUGUUCCUCCCACCUUGUGGUGGUCUCCCUCUUCUACCUGCCUGCCAUCUACAUGUACCUGCAGCCCCCUUCCAGCUACUCCCAAGAGCAGGGCAAGUUUAUCUCCCUCUUCUAGUCCAUAAUCACCCCCACCCGCAACCCCUUCAUCUACACCCUGAGGAAGAAGGAUGUGAGGGGAGCUCUGAGGAGACUCCUGUCAAGGACCUGGAGGUUCUGCAGGAGAUGA